UCGUCUCAAAAAUGGCAUCAUCUCUAUGUUCUUCUUUAUUGAUUCUAGCUGCCAUAUCUGUUUUAUGCAGCUUUGGUUCAGCUACUCACCCCGGUAUCAUUUUAACUGUCGUUAACAACUGCCCUUUCACCAUUUAUCCCGCUAUCCAACCCAACGCCGGCCACCCUGUCCUUGAACGAGGCGGUUUCGCCCUUCACACCCUCACGCACCGUUCCUUCCCCGCACCCACAGCCCACUGGUCCGGUCGUAUCUGGGCUCGAACCGGCUGCACCUACCCCAACGGACGUUUCUCCUGUCAAACGGGAGAUUGUGGCAACCGCAUUGAGUGCAACGGCCUCGGUGGAGCCACCCCCGUCACACUGGCACAGUUCAGCCUCCACCACGGUGGCCACAAAGACCUCUCUUCCUACGAAGUCAGCCUCGUGGACGGUUUUAAUAUCCCCAUGACAGUGACCCCACACGAAGGCAAAGGCCUUUGUCCCGUCGUUGGGUGCAGGGCUAACAUUCUGGCGACGUGUCCCGACAGGUUACAGUAUAGAUCGCCGGCGGGUCAUGGUCCGGUGGUGGGUUGUAAGAGUGGAUGUGCUGCCUUCGGUACUGACGAGCUUUGUUGUAGGAACCAUUACAAUAGCCCUCAAACCUGUAGGGCUAAUAGCUUUACACAGUUUUUCAAGCAUGCUUGUCCAGCCACGUUUACUUAUGCCCAUGAUAGCCCUUCGCUCAUGCACGACUGUGCUUCCCCACGUGAGCUUAAGGUUAUCUUCUGCCACUAGGGUUUUUCUUGUAGUGCUGUGUUAGAGGUUUGGUAUGUGUUCCUAAGUUGGGAUUGAAGCAUUAAUGGUGUUGAGCUGUAAGUGUUCAUGUUUAGACCAAAUAAAUGUUGUUCGUUUUCCA